CAAUUAUUGAGAAACCAACUUUACACUUGCCAGGAAUACCAUGGAUUCAGUGAAAACACAACCUAUCGAAGCCUCAGCAGAACCCGCGCCCUCCGAAGUAGUAGAGGCCCUAGAACUCACCCCCUCUGGAAAGCCCAAAAAACGCUUUGUUGGCAAGGCUAGAAAACAGCAACAGCAGCAGCAAGCAGCAAACGAUUCCUCCGACCUAACUAUUGAAGAUUCCGUUGUGGCAAUUAGAGAUGCAUCAAAGAGUGCAGGAUCUAGUAGAUCCCGAGUUGCUAACCAAGUUCCGGAUGAGAUUUUGAACGAUACAAAGCUCAACCUUGCGAUUGAGCAACUCCCAUCCAACUAUGGUUUUGAAAUCCAUAAGACUGUAUGGAGUGUACGUAAAGCUGGAGCUAAGAAAGUGGCUCUGCAGUUUCCAGAAGGCUUGUUGAUCUUUGCCUGUACAAUCGCAGAUAUCUUGGAAAAGUUCUGUCAAGUCGAAACUUUGGUGAUGGGAGAUGUCACUUAUGGGGCGUGCUGCAUCGACGACUUUACAGCUGUAGCUUUGGGAUGUGAUUUCAUGGUUCAUUAUGGUCACAGCUGCCUUGUUCCGGUCGAUGUAACCACUAUCAAAACACUAUACGUUUUUGUUGACAUUGGGAUUGAUGUCCAGCACUUUAUCGCUACAGUCCGUAAGAACUUUCAACCACAAUCGAAAUUAGUGCUCGUUGGCGUCAUUCAAUUUGUGCAGGCGAUCCAGGCUGCUCGCCGUGAACUGGAAGUCGAUUAUAUUCUCAAUGUUCCUCAAGCCAAACCUUUAUCUCCAGCCGAGAUCUUGGGCUGCACAGCUCCACGGUUACCGGAAGGUGAGGAUGCAUUGAUCUUCCUGGGCGAUGGACGGUUCCAUCUAGAGUCGAUCAUGAUCCAUAAUCCAGACUUGCCAGCAUUCAGAUAUGAUCCCUAUGACAAGAAGUUUACACGAGAAAGAUAUGACCAUGCGGAUAUGCAUUCGUUGAGGAAACACGCGAUUGAGACAGCCAAGAAAGCGAAGCGAUUUGGAUUGAUUCUUGGUACUCUUGGCCGACAAGGAAGCACAUCUAUUCUUGAACAUAUGGAAGCGAAGCUGAAGGAGCGUGGAUGCGACUAUACUAUUAUUCUUCUAUCUGAAAUUUUCCCUGGAAAGCUAGCCAUGUUUGAGGAUAUAGAAGCAUUUAUUCAAAUUGCAUGCCCUCGUCUGUCGAUCGAUUGGGGUUAUGCAUUCUCAAAGCCACUUUUGACUCCAUACGAGGCUUCAGUUGUAUUUGAAUCCAUUCCAUGGCAAGAGACAUAUCCGAUGGAUUUCUACUCGAAUGAUUCAUUAGGGCCAUGGACUAAACCUACAGGAACAGGAGACGUCAAAUCACUUAAAGCAAAGAAGACUCAAGAUCAUACUGUAGAGGUAUUAUCAGGACCAAUGUCAGGGUCAACAUCUGCAAUAGUACCGACAUCAGUAUCUGCGAACGAUCCAAUAGCAUUAUAA